UAUUAUUAAUUAUUAUUUUUUAUUUUUUUGUUUUUUUCAAUGUGUUUCUCCAGUUGACCAGUUUCUUUCCAGUCUUUUCUUCUCUAAUUCUGUCAUCUUUUAUCACACAGUAGUGUUCACUUAUCACAUACAACAUGCGAAUCAGACUGUUUUAAAUGGAUUCUUUUAAAUACCAGGUAUGUUACAACGAACUAAUUUACACUGUCGAGAAUGUAUUGGUAAUUUUUAACCGUCAAAUUUUAGCUAUUGUACUGAAGAUGGUCCGAUAGUGACCGAAACGUAUACUCAUAUAUAAAAAAAAUUUGAAAACAGAAUAAACAGCGAAGAACAUCUGGCAUUGGCUCUCGAUCCCAUUUAUCACUAUAUUUUAUUAGUUAUUACAGCAGGUUUUUAUUGUAUGAAGCAAAUAUAUAUUUUGCGACAUAAAUCAAGAAGGAAAAGUCUUACGAACGUAAGAAAGUAAAAAGUCCAAGGAAAAAUGAUUAUCAGUAUAUUGUUAUUAUUUUUCUUUAUCUUAUUGAUGUAUAAUUAUUACGUACAUCAUGGAAGAUCUGGUCGACUCAUUAAUCUUAUACCGGGACCAAAAGUUACUCCGAUUUGUGGUAAUGCAUUUUUAUUCCAAGGUUCACUCGAGGACAUUUGGAAGAAUUGGCGUUCUCUCUCUGAUGACUUUUAUCCUAUAACGAAAUUCUGGAUGUUUUUUACGCCCGCAGUGUUAAUUCGUCAUCCAGAUCAUGUAGAAAAAAUACUAAGUAAUGUGAAAUAUAUUAAUAAGAGUUAUUGGUAUGAGAUUUUACAUCCUUGGUUUGGAACCGGUCUUCUCACCAGUCAAGGUGCCAAGUGGCAGACACGACGAAAGAUACUAACUCCCGCAUUUCAUUUUAAUAUAUUGCAACAGUUUGUUGAUAUUUUAAUUGAGGAGAGUGGUCGUAUGAUACAAUCAUUGAAAGAUGUUGAAGGAACAGUUGUAAAAGAUUUGGUACCAUUUAUGAGUGAACACACACUGAACGCAAUAUGCGAAACUGCUAUGGGUACCUCUCUGCAAGGUCUCGGUGAGUCACAGCAUCGGUAUCGAAAAGCGGUUCACGAGAUAGGCGAACUUUUAGUCCGCAGAAUGAUGAGGCCAUGGUUUAAUUACACUCUAGUGUUUGAGUUGUCGCCAACAGGAUUUCUGCAAAGAAAGAUUUUGAAAAUAUUACAUGGAUUCACUGAAAAAAUUAUUACAGAAAGGAAACUUUAUCAUGAACGUACCAAUAAUCAAUAUUUAAAAAGUUUUGAAAAGUACAAUAUAGGAGAAAUAAAUGGAACCGAAGUAUAUGGAACUCGAAGAAAACGACUUGCUAUGUUGGAUCUUUUAAUAGCAGCGUCUAAAGAAAACAAUAUAACGGAUUUAGACAUCAGAGAAGAAGUUGAUACAUUUAUGUUUGAGGGUCAUGAUACUACUGCGAUGGCCGCAUGUUUUACUUUAUUAUUGUUAGCAGAGCACAAAGAUGUUCAGGAACGCAUUAGAACUGAAAUUAAUACCGCGAUACAAGAGAAUGGAAAGAAGUAUACGAUGACAUUGUUGCAAAAUCUGCCAUAUUUAGACAGAUGUUUAAAGGAAUCACUACGAUUGUAUCCCAGCGUGCAUCUUAUAUCACGUGUUGCUCCAGAAGACAUAAAAUUAGAUUCAUAUAUAAUACCUGCUGGAACAUUCAUGCAUAUUAAUAUCUAUGAUGUUCAUAGAGAUCCCAAUUUUUGGCCUAAUCCAGAUGUAUUUGAUCCAGAUAGAUUUUUGCCAGAGAAAAUACGAAAUCGUCAUUCUUAUUCCUACGUACCUUUCAGCGCAGGACCAAGAAAUUGCAUAGGUCAACGGUUUGCCAUGUUGGAAUUGAAAGCUAUAAUAGCCCCUUUAGUGCAUAACUUUUACUUGGAAUCUGUUGAUUAUUUGAAAGAUGUUCGAUUUAAAAGCGAUCUUGUGAUUCGUCCUGCACAUCCAGUCCGUGUAAAAUUCAUUCCAAUUGACCACAUUAAAUCAUGCGAAGCAACAACAAAUUCUAGCAAGGUAACAGACUGACUAAUGUUAUGAAUAAAAAACAAAAUGUAUGUGUGGAAACAUUACAUUUAAUUUAGAUUUAGAGUACAUAUCUACGAAUAUAAAUUGUUGUAAUAAAAAUGAAAAUUAUAAAUUAACUUGUGCCAUAACUUGUGUCAUACAUAAUAGAUAUACUAAAUGUAUCGAUAAAUAUUAUAAAUAAAAUUUCCAUGAUAAGAAUAUUUUAGAUAACAGAUAUCUAAAG